GAGGCCCAGAGAGCUCUUCGGGAUUUUUUGGCUGUUUUAUGUAAAUUGGCAGAGUGGGCAGGACUUUCAGGGGCUGGUGUAAAACUGUGGGCAGGACCAGUGCUUUCUGUCCAAGCACCAGACACCUCACUGGACCCUGAGGUACUGUCCUUCCAUGAUGUGGCUCUGUGCUUUGGUGCUGCUCUCUCUCACUGCUUGCCUGACUCAGGGACACCCAUCCUCACCACCCGUGGUAAACACCAUACAUGGCAAAGUCCUGGGGAAAUAUGUCCGCUUAGAAGGAUUCAAACAGCCUGUGGCCGUCUUCCUGGGAGUCCCCUUUGCCAAGCCCCCUCUUGGCUCCCUGAGGUUUGCUCCACCACAGCCUGCAGAUCCCUGGAACUUCGUGAAGAAUGCCACCUCCUACCCUCCUAUGUGCUCCCAAGACCCAGCGGCAGGGAAGCUCCUCUCAGCACUCUUCACCAACAGAAAGGAGAGCAUCCCUCUCCAGUUUUCGGAAGACUGUCUCUACCUAAACAUUUAUACUCCUGCCGACCUGACAAAAAGCACAAGGCUGCCGGUGAUGGUGUGGAUCCAUGGAGGUGGAGUAGUGGAUGGGGCAUCCACCUACGAUGGACUGCCCCUCUCGGCUCAUGAAAAUGUGGUUGUAGUGACCAUUCAGUACCGCCUGGGCAUCUGGGGCUUGUUCAGCACAGGCGAUGAACACAGCAGGGGGAACUGGGGUCACUUGGACCAGAUAGCUGCACUGCACUGGGUCCAGGACAACAUUGCCAACUUUGGAGGAGACCCAAGCUCUGUGACCAUCUUUGGAGAAUCAGCAGGAGGUUUCAGUGUCUCUGUUCUUGUGUUGUCUCCCCUGGCCAAGAACCUCUUCCACAGGGCCAUUUCCCAGAGCAGUGUGGCCCUUAAUCCUUGCCUGUAUGGGAGAGAUGCCAGACCUCUAGCAAAGAAAGUGGCUGCUGUUGCUGGCUGUAAAACCACCACCUCAGCCAUCAUGGUUCACUGCCUGCGCCAGAAGACAGAGGAUGAGCUCCUGGAGGUCACUCAGAAAAUGAAGUUUGGUUCUCUUGAUUUUGUUGGAGACCCCAGAGAGAGCUACUUUUUGCUUCCCACUGUGAUUGAUGGAGUGGUGCUGCCAAAGGCACCAGAAGAGAUCCUGGCUGAGAAGAGCUUCAACACUGUGCCCUACAUGGUGGGCAUCACUAAGAAAGAGUUUGGCUGGAGCAUGCCUAUGAUGAUAGGUUUUCCACUAUCCGAAGACAAAAUGGAUGAGAAGAGGAUCGCUUCCCUUCUUUGGCAGUCUUACCCGAUCCUUAACAUCUCUGAGAGUCUGAUUCCAGCUGCCAUUGAGAAGUAUAUAUCAGGGACAGACAACCCCAUCAGGAAGAAAGACCUUCUCCAGGACUUAAUGGGAGACGUGAUGUUUGGUGCCCCAUCUGUGAUUGUGUCCCGUGGCCACAGAGAUGCUGGAGCCCCUACCUACAUGUAUGAGUUUCAAUAUCGGCCAAGCUUUGUAUCAGAAAUGAGACCCAAGACAAUGGAAGGAGACCAUGGUGAUGAUCUCUUCUCUGUAUUGGGAGCCCCCUUUUUAAAAGAUGGCGCCUCUGAAGAGGAGAUCAAUCUCAGCAGGAUGGUGAUGAAAUUCUGGGCCAACUUUGCUCGGAAUGGGAACCCCAAUGGGGAAGGGCUGCCCCAUUGGCCACAAUAUGACCGGAAGGAACGGUACCUGCAGAUUGGAGUCCCAACACAGGCAGCUCAUGGGCUGAAAGACAAGUAAGUGGCCUUUUGGACUGAGCUCAGGGCCAAAGAGGCAGCAGAGAGGUCAACCCAGAGGAAGCACGUUGAGCUCUGAUCAGGAGGCCCAAGCCAGAUCUGAGAGCCUGGAGCAGAAAAAGGGAUAUUCCACAGAAGUUGUUUCCAAAUAAAAGCAUCCUAUUUUUGAGGACAUAGACACAUGUGGGAUGCUAUAUAAACACAAUGGAAAAAGACAUAGAGUUGUGUAGCAUACUGUACAAAUAUAAUAAGGAGAAACAUUUGAUUUUAUGUUCUCAAAUUUUAAUAUUACAAAGCCAUUUCCUUGGAAAUCGAAACAGAGUCUUUGGCUCAAGAUGAAUCUAUGGUCCUUAGAGAGAGAAGUAUGGAGAGAGAUCCAACAACAUAAGAUGUCACUUCUGCAAGGUGUGGAUAAAUGAUUGACUCCCCUACUGUCUAUGGAAACAGGUACACUGUGGGAGUCAUGAGAUUUCUCUGGUGCCACUUUGUCCAGGGUCCACACAAAGACCCACGCAUCCCAGAGAGGGCAGGAAUGACAGAACAGAGAAAUGAUCCCACCCAAGAGAGCACUUAUAAAAUAAUUUACACACAAUUUAAGAAUAAUGUACAUGAACACUUCAGCUCCAAGAUUUGGAUCUGCAGUUUCACAUUCUUGCAUGUGCAUUUCCUAGAGUUCUAAAAUCUCGUGCUUGGAAGAAACCUUAAACUCUUGUCUGCCUCCUUUACUGUCUGAGUUGCCUUUAGCAUUUCUGUCAAGAACACCUAUGUGCUAGUGCCCACUGCCUUGUGAGGGAAGACACUACCUUGUAGAGCAGGCAUUUGAGGGUGGACUACUCCCACAUUGAACCGAUCCAUCCCUCCCUGUUCUAAUCACUGUGCAUCCAAUUCUCUGUUCGCUCAUUCUCAAGUAUUUGCUAAAAUGUCUGACAUUUCCUUCCACAGGAAAGACACUGGGGAAGUAAAAGCUACAUCUAUCUGCUGAGGAGGUUGUGAGCUCAGUCUUCUUGGUGGAAGAUUGAACCUUUUCCUCUUCCUACGCAUAGCAGUGAAAAUAAAUCAAGAAACAGCAUUAUGUCUAAUGCCUAGGCUGUUAAAAAGAAACUUCUCACUAAGAAUUCUGAGCUUUGAAACUUCUCACUAAGAAUUCAAUGUCUUUUGAUAGAUUAUUUUCAAGAGACAGUGUUGCAGCAUUUCAUUUGUAUUUUAAUAAAUAAAUCUUGCCUGAAGAUCAGAGAGCAAACCAGCCCCAGUGAUCAGCCUUACAGACCAGAAAAUAGUAACACACACCUUUAAUCCCAGUAGCCACACUAGUUUGCCAUAAACACCGGGCGGUGCACGACUUUUAUCCCAGUGGUGCAUGCCUUAAAUCCCAGCUAUCGAGAGGAUUAUAAAACGGGAGGAGACAGCUCUCAGUCACAGUACCGUUCUCAGAUUCCUGGAGGCAGGGAUCACCAUUUUCGAACUGAGGUUGAUGUAAGGGCCAGGGGCUGGCUGCUUUGUUUUUCUAGUCUUCGGGUUGAACCCCAGUUUCUUCUGUGGGUUUUUAUUAAUCAUUUAUUAAGGUUUCAUUACAGCCUUUUCUUAGACGUGUCAUUAGAGUUUUUCUUAUUUCCGCUGCCCACUCUGCACUUCUUGCUCCACCCCUAUCGUUGUUGCUAGUUUUCUUAUUUCCCCAGCUUGUCCCUCUUCUGCUUGCAGACCACACGUCUUCCUUCAGCCUGCCCCCCAAAUUCUCUUCCUUGAUCAGCAUGCCACUGUCCCCCAAAUUAACAACCUAUCUAUCAUAUGACCUUUGGAAAUGUACAACUCCUUGGUAAAUAGCCCAAGCAUUUUAUAUCCUACUGUAGAGACAUAACCUCAUUUAUAUUUGUAGCUGCUUUAUUCCCAAUAGCUAGGAUAUGGAAAGAGAUUAUAUUCCAUCGGUUGAUGAAUAAAUAAUGAAAAUGUGGUACCUA